CCUACUUUACGGAGCUCGUUUGUCAUUCUACAACCCAGUGGAUUUUAUAACCUUUGGAAAUUUGUAUUCGCAUUCUUGAUAACGGCGAAUUUGUUUCGGUAUUUUCUGAAAUUUGAGCAAGACGAGGAACAAUAAGAAGAUCUGGAAACUUCAGCAGGAACUGAUUGCUUGCUAGAACUCUGCUUCCGAAGUUGAAGACCUUCAUGAGGAAUCGUCCAGCUGUCUUGUAGAGGAGGCAACUCAAAGCGACACUGUAACAUCGUCCAGGCAGGCCUUGUAGAAGGAACUUUCAGCCAUGGGAAGUAGUUGCCCGAAAGAAGCAGCAAAGGCUGAGGAACACGGAGUUAAGGAAGCAGAGCUGGCAGACAUGGCCUUAAGAAAACUGAUGAGAUACAUGUCCAAGAAGAGGAAGGACAAGGUGCUGGCUGCUAUAGCCGUAAAGCUUGAGAUGGGUGAGAAGAAGCUGACAGCCCUGGAGCACAUCUGUCAGGCUAAGGAGGAUGAACUGGCAGCUGUAAACAAGCUGUAUGAGACUGCAAUGAACAAUCUGACGGCCGAGAAACAGCUUGGACAGGAGAGAGGAGAAAGCCUGGAGACUAUGACGCAGUUAUGCAGGAAGAAGGAGGAGGAGCUGGCUGCCAUGACUUUGAAUUUUGAGACGAGCGAAGAGAAGCUGGCGGCCAUGUCAGACCAUUGGCAGACCACGGAGAAGGUACUGACAGACUUGACCUACCUGUUUGAGGCUACAACAGAUGACCUGGCAGCUGAGAAGCAGCUUGGACAGGAGAAAGGAGAAAGCCUGGAGACUAUGACGCAGUUAUGCGGGAAGAAGGAGGAGGAGCUGGCUGGCAUGACUUUGAAUUUUGAGACCAGCGAAGAGAAGCUGGAGGCCAUGUCAGACCUUUGGCAGAUCACGGAGAAGGUACUGACAGACUUCACCUACCUGUUUGAGGCUACAACAGACGACCUGGCAGCUGAGAAGCAGCUUGGACAGGAGAGAGGAGAAAGCCUGGAGACUAUGACGCAGUUAUGCAGGAACAAGGAGGAGGAGCUGGCUGCCAUGACUUUGAAUUUUGAGACCAGCGAAGAGAAGCUGGAGGCCAUGUCAGACCUUUGGCAGACCACAGAGAAGGUACUGACAGACUUGACCAACCUGUUUGAGGCUACAACAGACAACCUGGCAGCUGAGAAGCAGUUUGGACAGGAGAAAGGAGAAAUACUGGAGACUAUGACACAGUUAUGCAGGAAGAAGGAGGAGGAGCUGGCUGUCAUGACUUUGAAUUUUGAGACGAGCGAAGAGAAGCUUGCGGCCAUGUCAGACCAUUGGGAGACCACGGAGAAUGUACUGACAGACUUGACCUACCUGUUUGAGGCUACAACAGACGACCUGGCAGCUGAGAAGCAGCUUGGACAGGAGAAAGGAGAAAUACUGGAGACUAUGACGCAGUUAUGCAGGAAGAAGGAGGAGGAGCUGGCUGCCAUGACUUUGAAUUUUGAGACCAGCGAAGAGAAGCUGGAGGUCAUGUCAGACCGUUGGCAGACCACAGAGAAGGUACUGACAGACUUGACCAACCUGUUUGAGGCUACAACAGACAACCUGGCAGCUGAGAAGCAGUUUGGACAGGAGAAAGGAGAAAUACUGGAGACUAUGACACAGUUAUGCAGGAAGAAGGAGGAGGAGCUGGCUUUCAUGACUUUGAAUUUUGAGACGAGCGAAGAGAAGCUGGCGGCCAUGUCAGACCAUUGGCAGACCACGGAGAAGGUACUGACAGACUUGACCUACCUGUUUGAGGCUACAACAGAUGACCUGGCAGCUGAGAAGCAGCUUGGACAGGAGAAAGGAGAAAGCCUGGAGACUAUGACGCAGUUAUGCAGGAACAAGGAGGAGGAGCUGGCUGGCAUGACUUUGAAUUUUGAGACCAGCGAAGAGAAGCUGGAGGCCAUGUCAGACCUUUGGCAGAUCACGGAGAAGGUACUGACAGACUUCACCUACCUGUUUGAGGCUACAACAGACAACCUGGCAGCUGAGAAGCAGCUUGGAGAGGAGAAAGGAGAAAUACUGGAGACUAUGACACAGUUAUGCAGGAACAAGGAGGAGGAGCUGGCUGCCAUGACUUUGAAUUUUGAGACCAGCGAAGAGAAGCUGGAGGCCAUGUCAGACCUUUGGCAGACCACGGAGAAGGUACUGACAGACUUGACCUACCUGUUUGAGGCUACAACAGACGACCUGGCAGCUGAGAAGCAGCUUGGACAGGAGAGAGGAGAAAGCCUGGAGACUAUGACGCAGUUAUGCAGGAACAAGGAGGAGGAGCUGGCUGCCAUGACUUUGAAUUUUGAGACCAGCGAAGAGAAGCUGGAGGCCAUGUCAGACCUUUGGCAGACCACAGAGAAGGUACUGACAGACUUGACCAACCUGUUUGAGGCUACAACAGACAACCUGGCAGCUGAGAAGCAGUUUGGACAGGAGAAAGGAGAAAUACUGGAGACUAUGACGCAGUUAUGCAGGAAGAAGGAGGAGGAGCUGGCUGUCAUGACUUUGAAUUUUGAGACGAGCGAAGAGAAGCUUGCGGCCAUGUCAGACCAUUGGGAGACCACGGAGAAUGUACUGACAGACUUGACCUACCUGUUUGAGGCUACAACAGACGACCUGGCAGCUGAGAAGCAGCUUGGACAGGAGAAAGGAGAAAUACUGGAGACUAUGACGCAGUUAUGCAGGAAGAAGGAGGAGGAGCUGGCUGCCAUGACUUUGAAUUUUGAGACCAGCGAAGAGAAGCUGGAGGUCAUGUCAGACCGUUGGCAGACCACAGAGAAGGUACUGACAGACUUGACCAACCUGUUUGAGGCUACAACAGACAACCUGGCAGCUGAGAAGCAGUUUGGACAGGAGAAAGGAGAAAUAAUGGAGACUAUGACGCAGUUAUGCAGGAAGAAGGAGGAGGAGCUGGCUGUCAUGACUUUGAAUUUUGAGACGAGCGAAGAGAAGCUUGCCGCCAUGUCAGACCAUUGGCAGACCACGGAGAAAGUACUGACAGACUUGACCUACCUGUUUGAGGCUACAACAGACGACCUGGCAGCUGAGAAGCAGCUUGGACAGGAGAAAGGAGAAAUACUGGAGACUAUGACGCAGUUAUGCAGGAACAAGGAGGAGGAGCUGGCUGCCAUGUCAGAGCUGUGUCAGACCAUGGAAGACAAACUGACUGCCAUGACCAAGCUGUACGAGGCUACGAGGGACAAUCUGGCAACCGAGAAGCAGCUUGGACUUGUGCAUGACACAAGCGAAGAGAAGCUGCCAGCCAUUUCAGACCUGCUCCAGACCAUUGAGAAAAAACUGAUAGACUUGAACUACCUGCAUGAGGCUACAAGGGACAAACUGGCAGCCAAGAGGCAAAUUCGACAGCAGAGAGCCGCAGUUGCAGGAGGAUCUGGCUACUGUGCAUGAGACAAGCGAGGAAAAAUUCUUCAGGAGGUCAGCCUGACAAGCUGCCGGCUUGGAAUAGAGAAAGUGAAGACAAUCGUGGAGCCAGAAACCAGAGAUUGCUUCUUCAAAGCCCAGGCUGUGGCCAAAGAACUGCAGAUGGCCCUGAAAGAUCAGCCAAUGGCAGCAGGCAGCCUGCGGAAGACAUGAGUAUAGAAGCCAAUCAGGUCUACCUACAGUGGUUGUGGUUUAAUGCUGUGCUUGUGUCUUAUUUCCAGGUUCGGUGAGGCUGUUUGUCAAAAGGUUGCCGUCCAGAGUCCUCCAGCCUUCACAUCAAGCUCUGGUUUCUCCACGAAGCAGGAGGCCCUCCGUGGGAAAAGUUUGGUGAGGCUGUUUGUCAAAAGGUUGCCGUCCAGAGACCUCCAGCCUUCACAUCAAGCUCUGGUUUCUCCACGAAGCAGGAGGCCCUCCAUGGGAAAAUUUUUGCUUGAGGAGAAACCAUGCGAGGGGCAUUUCUUUUAGGUGUGAUUGAGGGAGCGUGGCAGUGGGGCGGCCGGCCUGGGACCGUGUGAAGAGGGACGGUGGUGACGGCUGUGGAAUGACGAGAGGGAGGAGAAGGCAGCGGGAGUGAACCAGCGAGCCCCGGGCUGGGCUGAAGUGCGGCCCUGUUCCACUGACCGGAGGAUACUGCAAUCCAGGAAACCCACAGCAUUUGCCACGGCAGUUCCAGAUGGCAGGAAUGAGGAGCAGUCCCUUUUGGUUUUGGUUUUUAUUUUGGGACGCGGAGACGGUCCAGCACCUGUGGCGCGGGCCGAGUCGCAUCCCACCCUUAGAUUUCUGUUUGUGUGCGUGUGUGUGCCUCUAUGUAUGUGUGAAUGUGUGUGUAUGCCUGUGUGUGCCUCUGUAUGUGUGUGUGUGUGUGUGUGUCUCUGUGUAUGUGUGAGUGUGUGUAUGUGUGCCUCUGUGUAUGUGUGUUUGUGGGCCUCUGUGUGUGCAUGUAGGUGGUUGACGCUGUUGGUUUGAUACGCACCUACGUGUCUACGCACUUCCUGUUUGUGGUGUUGUGUGUUUGCAAAGGGAAGAAGGAGAUCAAGUGUUUUAUUUAGUGCUUUGAAUCGGAGGCUAAUAUUAGAUCGUAUUUAAAAAAACUGCUAUUUUAAACACAGUAAGUAGAUUUGCUUUUAAGGUGAAAACCUUUGUUGCCGUUAAGGGACAGAGAGGGAAUUUCCCCCUUUUUUUCCUUUGUUGGCACUCGGCUGUAUCCCGGUUAAAUAAUCAGGCCUCAUCAAGCUGACAAGGUUUUUUUAGGGGGUUUUCGCCCUCUUGGAAGCAAAUCCUGUAGGUAGUUUGCCUCCAGCGUAAGGGUUAGAGUUAACUUAGUAUAAACGUAGUCCAGAUAAUAUUUUGUGUGUAUGAGUGUGUGUGCCUCUGUGUGCAUGUGCAUGAGUGUGUGAACCCCCCUCUCCCUGGUGCGUUGAUCCCCAUGUGGCCUUGGGUUAUUCGGUGGGUGGGACCACCACAUGAGCAGGGGGGUGAUGGCAAUGGGAGGGGGGGUCAGGACGGGGCGGCUGCCCUGUCAUGAGCGGUUUUAAAAAAUGGAUUAAAGACUCUGCUUACCUUA